GCCGAAAUUGAGGGAAUGGAAUCUUCACGCCUGCAGUUAUGCACCUUCAACAAGCAUGAAAAUUGGACCAAUAAAAGGAAUUUACAGACGUCAAGUAAUUAUUGACUUUUGCGUUGCAAUGUCUAUUGGACUUGCGGGAGGAUGCGCAUGGUGGUAUGGAUACCACAAGCCUUUUCUGCGUCAAAGAGAGGCAUACUAUGAGAAAUUGAACUCCGAGAAAGCACAAAUGGAAGAGGAAAGUGCUUCAGCUGCUACAGAAGAGUGAGUGUGCGCUUUUUGGGAUUCCGCGGUUAGACCGCGUUUGGGAUUCAAGGACUCCACCCCGUUACGUAGGUUUCCCCGCAAGAACGCCCUGAUCUGCAAUGCCGAUCCUUCGGUUGUCUCGCUUAAUGUGAUUUUUAGCCGAGACGUGUUUCUCACCACCAACACCACCACUACCACCAUUUUAAUUCCACCACAAGUUUUCCACCCAGGAAUUGGCAAAAACUGGCCAUGUCGUUCAAGUCGUUUAAACGCAAGUACCUCAAGCUGAGAAAGUCGUUUGAUGUGGCGUGUCAAGAGACAACUAUUAUAAACAACCAGAUCGAACAGGUUUCGAUUGUCUAUCGGAGGAUUCAACUUGAAAACAUGCACUUGCUUGAUUUGCUGUUGGACAUGCAAGAUACGGAUCAGGUGCCAAUCCCAGCUAUGAGUCCUCCAGGUUCGCCUUACUGGCAAGAAAAUCCACCAAAACAUGUCGGAGAGUUGGAGUCAGAACUUGUGCUGGCUGAGAUGAAACCGUUUUCUACAAGUCAUCCGUGGAACAAUGGAUUCGAUCCUCAGAUUGGUAUGGAACCUUCUGCUGCUGGCGGUUUUGGCUACAACAGCAAUUCUAUGUCCCCUUCCGCCGGCAAUGCUGCAUUCAAAUUUAAACGGAAAAGCACAGGCACUACUGAGCGCCGCGGAAGACGGAGAUGAGUUGGUUUGGCGGUUCUGUCGUUUUCUCUUUCCCGUAUUCCUCCGCUUGUUUGUAGUUUAUUUCGCUUCAAUUGCUUAAAACCGUGUGUAUUUCCAAAACUAGAAUAAGAUUCUAUAGCGAGGGGAGUUGACGAUAUCAAAAAGUCAUGUGAUCACUUUGUCUGAACCAGUACUCCAACACUACCACCUACCCAGU